AUGGCGAUACAGCGUGCUGACACGCUCAAGCUCGCUGUCCACAAUGUGGCACAGCCAAAGUCGCUGAAGGAAGAUCUGUUUCCGAACGACCACUUCCUCGGCGUCCGCGUCUUGCAUACGCCCCCAAACCCGCAGGUCGAUAUCAUAUUCAUCCAUGGAAUCACUGGUCAUCCAUACAAGACCUUUGCCACGAACGGCGCCAGUCCCAUCUACUGGCCGACCCAGCUAUUGGCGCGAGACGUUCCAGAGGCCCGGAUUCUCUCGUUCGGGUACGAUGCUGAUGUUGCCAAGUUCUUGGGACCAGUGGGACAGAACGACAUUCGGGAGCAUGCGGCAACUCUGAUCAGUGACAUUGCAACUGUGCGGAUUGAAGACCAUGCACGCGAUUCUGAGGCUCUCGCUGACAUAGAGGCUGCCUUUGGCAUCUGGCUGCGGAAAAACACCGCUCGUUUCCAACUGACAUGCUUCUUCGAGGAACGGGAAGUCGUUGGUGUCGGCAUGGUUGUGAACAAGGACUCGGCCAAGAUCAGCGGUUAUCCCCAACUGCCGGUCCCCACAAACCACAUGGACCUUGUUCGAUUUGCUAGCACAGAAGAUACUGGGUACCGACGGGUCCUUGGUUGCAUGUCGACUCUUUUCUUCCCAGAGAUGAACGCACGCGGGGCUGACGUAGAGACUGCUGCUGCUGGUACCUGCCGUUGGAUCCUGGAGCAUCCCACCUACCUGCAGUGGCACGCCAACGGCCAAGGCCUGCUGUGGGUGAAGGGCAAGCCCGGUUGUGGAAAAAGUACGCUGAUGAAACAUGUCAUCAAGAACUCGAGCGAUAUUCAUCCAGACGGUGCAACUCUCAAGAUCUGUUUCUACUUCCACGGCCGCGGGACUGAUCUCCAGAGGUCGCCACUGGGGCUUUUCCGUGCCCUGGUGCACCAGAUCGGCCAAGCUUACCCUCGAGCUGUGAGCUCCAUCGUCAACCAUUACAAAAAGAUGGACGAGAGCCUGGCAGGGCCUUGGUCAUGGCGUCCUCAGGAUCUCGAGGACUUUUUCGUUUCCGACGUCCUUCCUGCCCUGUUGAGGAGAUCAGGACUUUGUAUCUUUAUCGAUGCCCUGGACGAGUGCGGCGAGAAAGAGGCCCGACGUCUCGUGCAGUUCUUCACGCGCAUCUACGACACGUCUGCCUCGAGCUCGUAUCGAGUCAGCAUUUGUUUCUCAUGUCGCCACUAUCCCAUCAUCGCCCCGGACAACUGCGAGCAAGUAGUAGUCGAGUCGGCCAACGACAAAGACAUUGCCAGGUAUAUCGACCAAGAGCUCACGCGCGUGGUGACAAGUCCGGAAGACCUCGAGGCUCUCCGUCAGAAAGUGGAAGAGCAGGCGCGCCAAGUGUUUUUGUGGGUGGUGCUCGUCAUCCCUCAGGUCGUUUGGAAAUACAACGAAGGCAGCACUGUCGAGGAAAUAGUGGACUACAUCGACAAGAUCCCGCCCCAGCUCCACAACCUCUACGCAAACCUGAUAACGGAACUCAAGGAGAAGAGCGCCUUGAAAUCCAAGCAACUUUUCCAAUGGAUCUGCUUCGGCACCGAGAACCUUCCCGUCGACCGUCUGCGGGAUGCGCUGAACUUUGACGGAGAAGCUGGCAUACAGCGAGGGGCCUUGUUCAUCAAACCGUCCAAAGACUUUCUCUUCGAGAAAGGCUUCGCCAUGCUCGAUGGCGUCGAGCAACUGACUUUGACUGAAAUAACGGGAGCGAGCCACCACAGGCUGGCGAAAUCCUGCCUGCUUUACUUUGCCUCUAUCGAAAAGGGGUUACGUGGUGAACUCUCUUCUUUUGAUGCCCGCCGCGCCAAUCACGACAAGGUGCGCCUUUAUGAGCUGACCGAGAAAAGCUACUAUGACCAUCCAUUCCUUGCCUACUCAGUACGGUACUUAUUUACGCACUGCGCGUCAGCCGACGAGGCCGGGUUGAGUCAAGGUUUCAUCAACGACUUCCUGGGAGAUGAUCGCGACGAGGUCAUCUCCAAUUGGGCCAAGGUUGCGACAUCUGACAACAUAGAAACCCAGUUUUGGGAGGACGUAGCAGGCGCCCCCGAAUUCGGGACCACAUUACUACAUGAGGCUGCCAAACACAACAUCAAAAGUCUCGUCCCGGACUUGGUCGGCAGCACUCAGAAAUACACUGGCGCUCGCGACUUUAACAACCGGACACCACUGGUUUAUGCCGUAUGGAACGGACGCCAAGGGAUCGUGGAAUAUUUGAUCAGCAGGCCGCAAACUGACGUGAAUGCAUACAUCAAGAGCGGCUCCCAAAGCUUUACCGCUUUUCAAUUGGCACUUUUGCUCGGGUUUCAACGGAUCGCCCUGGACAUUUACAACCACUCAGACUUUGAUCUCGACGCGCACUGGACCAUCAAGAGCGGCUGGGUCCACGAGACUGACAUGACGACGUUCAACAAUCGAGGCCUGUCGUCGGCCAACUUUUCGCGCGCGAUCGAUCUCACGAUUGCUCACGAGAACAUGGAAGAAGUCUUUGACAGGCUUUUGGCGUCGUACGAUCGGCAAAAACCGUAUGGCCAGACGAUAUCAAUGCUCGUCAGGUGUGAGACGGCGUUGAAGUUUCAACAGGGCAAGAUGCUUCUCGCUUUCUUGAAGCGACUUUCCAUGCAAGAGAUCGACACUUUGCUCAAGAGUGACGACACGUACUUUUUCCUGCAUGACGCCGUCCAGCAAAACUUUGAAGAAGGCGUUCGCCACCUAAUUGCAGCUCGGGUAUGCGAUCUGAACAAAGCUCGAGGGGUUUCGCAGUCAACACCGCUGCACCUGGCCAUCACCCACCAGCUGAAGAGUAUAGCUGAGAUGCUCGUCAAGGCGGGGGCGGAUGUGGACAAGCGCAACGCGACAGGACAGACGUCUCUGACGCUAGCACUACAGGGUGGCUACUCAAACAUGGUGCACACUCUCCUCAGCUUCCCCGAAGUGGAUCCCAACGUGGGCAACGACGACUGGAGUCCCAUAGAGAUUGCCGUCGAAGUUGGAGACAGUGACGCGCUUGAAGCGCUCCUACAGCGCCCAGAUAUCAUACUCAAGUUCGACAUACCAGAAGGCGAACCCGCCCCUGCCGUCACUGCCAACCCCGACGGGACCGCAACCUUUACCUCGGGGGGGAACAGGUAUAGGCCGCUCCAGCGAUCACUGCUCUGGCAAGCGAUCAAUCGCGGCCACGGCAACUGUGCCCGUGUGCUGCUAGCGGACGGACGGCUGGCAGGCCACGGACGACAUUUUUGGCUUCCUGUGACCACGGACCGCGAGAGUGUGCCUGGACAGUAUCACAUGGCAAGUAUGGUGGACGUUGACGGCAAUUGCCUGCUGUCUCAUCUCAUCAUUUGCGGGUGGGAGGAGGAGGCGAUCGACCUGCUCAAGCAGAAGGACAGCCCGAAAAACAGCUCCAACUACCAAGGAGAAACGGCCCUGAUGCUGGCUGUCUUGUACUCACGCGCCGAGGUGAUCAAGUUCUUGCUCGAGUCGCCGAUCGGCGGCUCCGUCGACUGGCUCGUGGUGAACAGAUGGGGGCAAAACCUACUUGUGUACGCAGAGAGCGCCAAAAACGACAGCGUGACGCGCAAGGUCGUGGCGCGGGUGCAGAAAGAGGCCAAGCUGCGGUCGCAGGCGGGCUUUGGCAGCUUCAACGAAGAUCGGCGCCGCCGCCCUGGGCGUGUCGACUCGUUCUUUGAUGCCGAGCUGAAGACGGUCAUGGACAAGCAGCUGGGCAAAUUCCGCAUCACGGUGAAGAAGAAGCGCUCGUGA